AUGGUAACCUCUGUGACCUGCAUGUUCACUGCAGAUGAAUUCCUGGAACUAGAAAGUCUGAAGUAUUUGGAAGACCACAAAAAGGGGAAGAGUGAUCAACCCCUGCGGCUGAUGCUGCCCAAACCUCUCAGAGGCCCCCGGGCCAUCACGGAUGCCAAGCUUCAGGUAACUCUCACGGUGGAGGGGCAGUUCCUUCAAGCCCAGUCGGUUGGCACAGCCAAAGCUGGCUGUGCUGUUGUAUCCUAUUCAUUUAUUAUUGAGGCUGCCACACUCCCCUCUUCCACUACUUCUCAGCAAGCUGAACUGAUUGCCUUAACCCAUGCUCUUACUCUUGCCAAAGGACUACACGUUAAUAUCUGUACUGACUCUCAAUAUGCCUUCCACAUCCUACACCACCAUGCUGCCAUAUGGGCAGAAAGAGGUUUUCACACCACACAGGGGUCCUCUAUUAUCAAUGCCCCCUUCAUAAAGGCCCUCCUUAAGGUUGCUCUCCUCCCAGCCAAGGCCAGAGUUAUCCACUGCAGAGGACUCAGGAUUCAAGCCACUCCUAAAGAACCCACAGGGUAUAGCCCCUUUGAACUCCUAUAUGGCUGCACAUUUCUGCUUGGGUCUAACCUGAUUCCAGACACCAGUCCUCUUGGUGACUAUCUUCCAGUCCUCCAACAGGCCAGACAUGAAAUCCGCCAGGCUGCUAAUUUCCUCUUACCCACUUCAGAUACCCGGCCAUGUGAAAACACCCUACCCGGAAGGUCAGUCCUAGUCAAAAGCCUAACCCCUCGGUCUCCGCAACCUCAGUGGACAGGAACCUUCCUGGUCCUCUACAGCACCCCAACCGCUGUCCAUCUACAAGACCCUCCCCAGUGGGUCCAUCAUUCCAGGAUAAAGCUGUGUCCAUCAGAUAAUCAGCCUGACUCCUCCGCCUGCUCCUGGAAGUCGCAAGUACUCUCCCCUGCUUCUCUUAAAGUCACCCGUAUCCCCAAAGUGAAAGAAUAACCCUGU